UGAAGUUCACAAACAACUAAAGUUCCAUAUCAAAUUUUUUUCAAUAACAAGUUACCUUGGAGCACACACAAAUAAUGGGUAUUUUUCACCAACUUUCAGAAUUUUUCACUUCUUGUACAAAGCCACCAGAGAAACGUAUUCCUAAGAAGACCGUUCAUAUCAGGGUGAAAAUGGAUUGUGAAGGUUGUGAAAAGAAGGUUAAAAACGCUGUCAAAGACUUUGAUGGUGUGGAAUCAUAUAAUGUAACUAAAAACCAACAAAGGGUAACCGUGACUGGACAUAUAGAUGCAAAUGAGAUCUUAGAUGAAGUGAGGAGCACAGGAAAAACAGCUGAUAUGUGGUCCUUAGUUCCCUACAAUUUAGUGGCUUAUCCUUAUGCAAUUGGGGCAUAUGACAUGAAAGCACCAACUGGUUUCGUCAGAGGUGUCCCUCAAGCUGUGGGUGACCCUAAGUCUCCAGAGUUGAAGAUGAUGGCACUUUUUAAUGAUGACAAUGCAAACGCAUGUUCAAUCAUGUAAUUUCAUUUAGGGAAAUGUUUUGUGUAGGGUGUAUAUACAUCUUAAAAUAAAGAGGAAAAAUGAGAGAAAAAAAAGAGUGUUGUGAUUGAUGUAAUUAUUUGAUGAUAAAAAAAAAAAAGUGUUGAAUUGAUUUGUAAAAUUUAUAGCGUUUGUUUUCUUUGUCAGUUUCAACCA